ACGAAUUUACGCUUUUACACGUUGGCAUGGAUUUAGGAUAAGAAACAACGCUUUUGAAGAGUAUUUUGAAACGCUUUUAAACGUUAGCUACUUCAAAUUAGCAGAGUGUUUUGUUUAUUUGUUUAGCUAAUGCAUCAACAAGAUUUAAAACAAUUUAGAUUACGAAAACGUGCAAUCGGGGAUAUUUGUUCUGCUCUGAAGUUUCUGGUGCUAGCUUAGCACAACUGGCUGGCCUUUGUUUUUCAUGUGUGUUUUUCAGCCAGUACUGUUGACCAGCUAACUAAUCAUUUCGCCUGUCAACAUCCCUGGAUGUUCUAAAGAUGAAGAGAAAAGUGGCUAGAUUACGGUUAAGUCCAAAUGAAGAAGCUCAACUCAUUCGAGAGGAACACAAAAGGAGAAGGAAGCUGCGAAUACAACAGGUAACGUAUACAGUAGCUAACGGCUAACUAGCUAGCUAGCAAACACUCGCUGUCAGUGACAGUCCCUACAUCCUGCCAAUGCAUAAACUGCCAAGUGAGGAUCAUUAACUAACACACUCUCACAGGUGCGGGAACAGGAGCGGUAUAUCGCCCUGCAAAUCCGCACGGAGGUGCAGCACCGACGGGAGCGCGAGCUGCAGAACCUGGCGGAGGAGAGGAAGGAGGAGUGGGAGCGACAGCAGAGGAAGAAACUGGAGACCCUGCAAAAGUUAUACCAGGACAAUCUCCGAGUUUUGGGAGAGGGACAUAGAAGUGCCAAAGAAAAUGUAAACACUCAACUCUCAACCCAUGUCUUAGCAAUGUGUGAUACAUUGCAGACUGCCAGUGUAACGUUACUGGGUUUUGUUAGAAUAUUUAAGCAACUUGGGUCAUGCCCCAGAUCACGUUACUUCACUAUACAACUGGUUGAUUAAGGAACACUAAAUGUUUCCCCAGGAGCUUGACUGGGAGGCAAUUGCACAGAAAAAUUAGGAGAAUGACGUUCGGGCAGAUGAGCGCUAUCGAGACGCCCUCAAAGAGCUCAAAUCACAGAGACAGAAAGCGCAGGAGGAACAAAAUCGGUGAGCCUAUCAACUGGAUUUUAUUUGGUCAAACAAACAUGGAUUAUUACUUUGUUUGAUAUUAAAUCUGGAUGUUUUUCUUCUCCCCACAAUUUUAUUGAGGCUAGGAAGAAGGCCAUACAGGUGGAGAAGGAGAGGGCAGCAAAAGUGGCCAACCUCCCAUCCCUUCCACCCAACCCAAUUGAGGUACAAUUCAUGUUUAGGAAUCGGCACAUUGUGAUCUAUGGUCCUACCAGUAACGAGUUGUAUUAUGAGCCUGUAGGUUUAGGAUGGAAAGUACAUAAUCUGCAGUGUGAAACAAUGGAAUAUAGAACUCUCCUUCCAAAACGACAUAACAUUCUAAAAGCACACAUUUAACAGUAUUCUAUUAUAGUAUGAGCAAACAGCAGUCUGACUAGGGCUUAUCAAAACAAUACCAGAAAAUAUAUUCUCAAAUGUUUGUGCAUUUUAUUUUAUUAUUAACAGAAUGUUGAGUCAAGGAAGCUGCCAGCAGUGAAGAAAUCAGACGUGGAUGCCUUCUCUGUGACCCACUAUCACAUGCCAGAGACUGCAGUGGACAGGGAAGUCGAAACAGCACAGGUAAUCUACUCUUUCAAAGCUAAAAUAAUAAUAAUAAUAUAAUAAUAUGCCAUUUAGCAGACGCUUUUAUCCAAAGCGACUUACAGUCGUGCGUGCAUACAUUUUUGUGUAUGGGUGGUCCCGGGGAUCGAACCCACUACCUUGGCGUUACAAGCGCCGUGCUCUACCAGCUGAGCUACAGAGGACCACCUAAAAAAUAUGCAAUGGCCCAGUGUGAUAUUGUCCUCUUUCUAAUGUAACCGGUGUGUUUUGUUCCCUCAGCCAAAGGCAUGGGAGGUGGCAGAGGAGGAGGCGCGGCACCUGCAGGAGCUAGGGCAGGAGGAGCAGAGGGAGAGACAGGAGCAGCUGGAGAAGGCUCAUCUUAGGGGCAAUAACGCGCUGAGGAGGGAACAGCUCACACAGGUACAUACUGCUACACAGCCACACUCACCUUGUUGAAGACUAUUCAAGUGAUAACAUGUACAAGGUUAAUGUACAACUUUCUGCAUAGCGAGGCUAAAUCUGUCCUGAGCUGUUAAAUGAAUGCCUGAAAUCCUUUGAAUACAUAUUGUAUGCGUCAAGGCCAAGACAAUAGCAAUACGUAUGUUUGUUUCUGCUGUGUCAGGACCGAGAGCACCUCCUGGUAGAGCUGGAACACAUGCAUCAGACAGACCUGUUGAGACACAGGCAGGUGAUGGCUCAGAUGCCUGCCCAGAUCUUCCAGCUGCUCUACAAGAGACAGGAGAUGAGGGAGGACUGGCAGAGGGACAUGGAGUUCGCCUUUGAGGACAUGUACACUGGGGAGAGGAGUAAGUAGGGGGGGGGGGGGGGGGGGUCCAAAUCAGGAUUCAUUUUUCAGUCCUCUACUCUGGCCCUGACUACACAAUUUGUUGGUAUUGCCCUGGUGCGUAGAUAAGUUGUUUUACUUGAUUGAUAGACAUUGACCCUAUCCCAGACAGAGUAGUGUGGACACACAUAUCAUUAUGGCACCUAAUUAUCAUAUCAUUAUGGCACCUAAUUACCAUUAGUACGUUGGAGUGGAGUUUCUCUAUUCGUCUAAUUAAACCUCUACCGAUCUCUUGCCUGCAGGAGUGAAAGGUGACCUGGUGCUGCAGCUGGUUCCAGAGCCUCUCCCAGCCCUGUCCACUGGCAGCCAGGAUGAAGACCUGACCCUGGAGGAGGCCACUCCUGACCUUACUCCCUCGGCUGGGGCAGUGGAACAACAGGAGGAAGGUGAAGAGAUGGAUGACUUUCUGAUGUUGGCCUCAGUCAGUAAUUCAAACAUUAAUCAAAGAUAAUCAGAGUAUGACCAUAGUGUUGUCAAAAAGGUUAUGUGUAAACUGUAAUAAAUGGAGUGCACAAAAUAAACAAUUGUUUUGUCUUUCAUGGUAGAACCAUCCAGGCCUCUAGGUGGCGCUCCCAGACAGGCCUUGAAGAAACUACUGACUCGCAUCAGGUCACAGAGAGACCAGUGGAGCUACCGGAGGCUGGUUGACACCCCGUCUGACCGACAAACUAUUCAUACAGCAGAGCGUGACACGACCGCAGACGGUACGACCAUUGAGACAGGCUCUCUGGCCAGCGAGGAGCGGGGCCGACCGUUGACCACUAGUCCCAGACUCCCUGACCCCUCUCAGCCAGCCCAAGGUUAGUGAGUCCUUAGUAGACCGUAUUGAUUUGCUGCCACACGUUGAAGAGUCAAGGGAAGCAUUGAUUGAGAAAAUAAAGUCCCAGUGUUUGUUUGAUUAUCCAUUUAGUGUAUUUUAUCUGAUCAGCUAUAGAGACAACAGAGGAGUCCAUAGUGGCUGGUACCCUGCUCCAUCCUGAUAAACAAGCCAUCAAGAUCCACACAUUCAAAACUGAGAGGAAGAGAAGGGUGUGUGUCUUUCUAUCUGUGUAUUCAUGCAUGUCUAUAACAUAUCUGUGUAAUAUUUCUGUCUUGAGUGGGGAUGUGUAAAAAAAGUGAAUGUAUUUACCUUUCUGAGAAAGUGUCUCUAAAGCUGAAAGCUCAUAGUUUGCCCUGUGGUUGCCUCUGUUUUCCAGGAGGAUGAGCUGGAGAAGCAGAAGCAGGAGCAGAUAGCCCUGCUACAGGACUUGGAGGAGAAGAAGAGCAGGUUGGAGCUGCUGCUGCUGCAGGAGGCCCAGGGAGAGCGAGAGCAGCUGCAGACGGCCGUGACUCAGGACACUGCUGCUGCAUCUGGAACACAGAAAACACCAGCCAAGGACGUCAGCCCUGCUGCUCCAACUCCCGAGGUAGGUGGAUGUGGGUGGGAUUGUGUGUGUAUACAUGUACUUGUGGUGGGAUUGUGUGUGUAUACAUGUACUUGUGGCGGGAUUGUGUGUGUAUACAGUGAGGGGGAAAAAGUAUUUGAUCCCCUGCAGAUUUUGUACGUUUGCCCACUGACAAAGACAUGAUCAGUCUAUAAUUUUAAUGGUAGGUUUAUUUGAACAGUGAGAGACAGAAUAACAACAAAAAAAUCCAGAAAAACGCAUGUCAAAAAUGUUAUAAAUUGAUUUGCAUUUUAAUGAGGGAAGUAAGUAUUUGACCCCCUCUCAAUCAGAAAGAUUUCUGGCUCCCAGGUGUCUUUUAUACAGGUAACGAGCUGAGAUUAGGAGCACACUUUUAAAGGGAGUGCUGCUAAUCUCAGCUUGUUACCUGUAUAAAAGACACCUGUCCACAAAAGCAAUCAAUCAAUCAGAUUCCAAACUCUCCACCAUGGCCAAGACCAAAGAGCUCUCUAAGGAUGUCAGGGACAAGAUUAUAGACCUACACAAGGCUGGAAUGGGCUACAAGACCAUCGCCAAGCAGCUUGGUGAGAAGGUGACAACAGUUGAUGUGAUUAUUCGCAAAUGGAAGAAACACAAAAUAACUGUCAAUCUCCCUCGGCCUGGGAAACAUGCAAGAUCUCACCUUGUGGAGUUGCAAUGAUCAUGAGAACGGUGAGGAAUCAGCCCAGAACUACACGGGAGGAUCUUGUCAAUGAUCUCAAGGCAAAGGGGUCAAUUUAUAACAUUUUUGACAUGGGUUUUUCUGGAUUUUGUUGUUGUUAUUCUGUCUCUCACUGUUCAAAUAAACCUACCAUUAAAAUCAUAGACUGAUCAUGUCUUUGUCAGUGGGCAAACGUACAAAAUCAGCGGGGGAUCAAAUACUUUUUUCCCUCACUGUACAUGUACUUGUGGUGGGAUUGUGUGUGUAUACAUGUACUUGUGGGGGGGAUUGAGUGUGUGUGUAUACAUGUGGUUGUGGGGGGAUUGAUUGUGUGUGUAUACAUGUGCUUGUGGGGGGAUUGAUUGUGUGUGUAUACAUGUGCUUGUGGGGGGAUUGUGUGUGUAUACAUGUGGUUGUGGGGGGGAUUGUGUGAAUAUUUUUCUGAGCCAUGAUUUAAAUCAAUAAUACCCUGAAUUAUAUUUUAAAAUAUAUUUCAUGAUGGUUUCUACACUUGAACUGAGCUCUGUGUGUGUGUGUGUGUGUGUGAGAGAGCCAUGAUGUAAAUCAACAUUACCCUGAACUGAAGUAUAUUUUCAAUAUAUUUCAUGAUGGUUUCUACACUUGAACUGAGCUCAAUGUGUGUGACUGUGUGUGUUUCCACAUAUGCAAUAGCGACAUUGACUUGUUCUGUGUUUGUCCCUGUGCAGUCUACAAUACCCUCAGCUGCUGAGGAUGACCACUCCAGGAGAAUCAAAGAGUAUCAGCAGCGUCUUUUAGACCAGAAUAGGUGUGUUUCUCGCAAUGGCUGAUUCAUAUGAUGAAAUUCAAACAUUUAAAAGAGCUGCCAAUUGCUGAUUUCAUGUGCACAGCAGAUAUCUUAGGGUGGCAGGUAGCCUAGCGGUUAGCGCGUUGGGCCAGUAACCGAAAGGUCACUGGUUCGAAUACCCGAGCCGACAAGGUGAAAAAUCUGGCUGUGCCCUUGAGCAAGGCACUUAACACUAAUUUGCUAUGGCUCACCCUGUAAAACAACACAUCUCACUGCACCUAUCUGUCAUAUGUAACAAAAUCGUAUCUUCUGUUAUGGUUGUUUUUGGUAAUAUAAAAAAAAAUAUGUUUCCGUCUCUCAGGCUUCAUAAGCAGUCAGUCGAGGAGGCUCGCCGGCGUCUGGAAGAGUACCAACACACGCUAAGAAACUGCUAUUCUGGUGUAACUACGGCAACACAUCUCCCUCCUGGUACCACAGCCUCUACCACACUUUAAAGGAGGAAUCAUUCCCCCGGUAGUGCCCCUAGAACUCCCCUCUGGCUCUGCCCUGCUCCCCUGUCUCCCUGAAGCACUUAGUACCCACUCUAGAGCUCACACCCCUCUGGACAUCCCCACACGGGAGCCCUCCAUCUUGGCUCUCUUCCUUCCUGGCGCAGCAGUCUGCUCGCAUAUCAGCUCCAGGACCUCACCAGUGCAACUAGAACCCACCGCUGAAAGCCUAAGGGACCAAAGAGCAGGCGUUUCUGCUUGGCUGGCGGACAAUGUGUUUAGUAGGGUCACAGAGGACCUCCCUGAGAGGCUACCUCCCCCCUCUACCUCGUUGGAUCCCCAGUCCUACAGACCACAUCCUGUUUCCCUUCACCCUACUCCACACAUCCCACUCAUAACAAAAACUGACACCAUCCCAGCCAUCAGCCCAACCCUUUCAGAAGAGUCAGCUACUCUCCCUGGGGAGGCCCCAGUGAAGCCUGGGCCUGUCCUGCGGGCCUCUGCCAGGUUUGGGGAAGAGGUGGAGAGGCAGGAGUUACGUGAGGCCCAGCGUCAGGUGGAGGCCCAGAGGGAGGUGCUCUUCGUGCAGCAAAGGGAGCUGGAGGAGGAACCGGGGGAGCUGGAGGAGGAACCGGGGGAGCUGGAGGAGGAACCGGGGGAGCUGGAGGAGGAACCGAGGGAGCUGGAGGAGGAACCGAGGGAGCUGGAGGAGGAACCGAGGGAGGCGUUACAGGCACUGCUCACUGCUGACGACACACAGGUGAGGUAACAAACGAAACCUCAAGGGUUUUACCUGCUGUUACUAAGGCAGGGCCACUUGGUUUAAAGCCAUUUAAAAAGUAAGAGUAACACUAACAUUUAGAACAAGUAGGUAGCCCAAACAUGUAAAUUGUGUCAAUGAAAUUGCAUGGAUAUACUCUGUCUACUGACUAUAGUAGCUGACCAGCCUUUUCUGUCGGUCUGUCUCUGUAUCUGUGUGUGUGGCUCCCCCAGCCUGGUUCAGAGAUCGCUGAUGGUUUGGGGUCAGAGGUCCUGGGGUCAGAGCAUCUCCGUCUGAUGGCAGCUCUGCUCAGGGCCAUCAAGGAGUCCAAUGGGCAAGCCUCACCAUCUGUAGAAGCCAAUCAGAGCCAAGACGACACACUCGACAUCCAGAGUUCACACCCAGACAGACCCGCCCCUCACCCACUUCCCCACCACCACACCCGGGCAGCCAAACCCCCGGUGGCCCGCGCCAGGCUGGUCAUCAUGGCGAUGAUGACAGAGCAGCACGAGCUCAGUGCCAUCCAGGAGGUGGAGACUCCAGCCAACGCCAGCCUGAUCACAGGUCUGUCAGUUAGCCAGCCAGCCACACCCACAGGGGGCACCAUACACCACACAACACUACACCAAACGUGGCAGUGGUCAGCUCUGGUAACCACUUUUAUACAGCCUUCAUAAACAAGCGUGUAUCUCUAACCAGCUACUGUGUCCACAGGUCCAGAAGGGAGUGUGAGGCUGUCGCGUAUUGAAAGGGCCUUCCCAGAAGAACAGGACCACUCGGCCCACUCUGAGAGAGGUCACUCCAGCACCUAUGUGUCCAGUGCAGGGGAACACACAGCUGGGACUGGGAGUGAGACAGUAACUGGGUCUGGUAGAUCCAGCAAGCUGUCCUGGAGAGAGAGACUACGGCUGGAGGCUGAUGCCUCUCCUGAACCUGGUAAGGAACGGAGGAAUGGAUGAAGGGGAAUAUGGAGAUAUCUUAUGCCAGGGUGGUUACCACAGGAGUAUAGGAGAGGGAUCCAUUCACUUAGAUUUAGACUGAUGGUCAUGCAGUCCUCUCAGACAUUUUCAGUCACUCUAAUCCAACUAUAAUUUUUCCUAGAUCCCACCCCAGCGCGCCCAGAACAGUCUUAUCACUCCUGUGAGUUUGGGAGAGGUGUCCCUGGCGAAUCUCCUACAGAGGUACGUUUAACCCAUGAUUUAUGUCUGAGGCUUUUUACUGGUUUUAUUUGACUCCCUGUGAGGUCCACCGUAUUGUGAAUAAAUUAUGAGAAGUUGCCAAAUCUGAGGGUUUGUGGUCUGUCCUACAAAACCCAUGAUAUUGCUUGAGAAUCCGUUUUUUGUAUUUGUGUGUGUCUUGUGUUCGUGACUGUUCGUGUCUGGAUUUCUGUUUUCUUUCUGAGCAAUGAUGUAAAUCAAUAUUGUCCUGAACUGAAGUAUAUUUGAAAUAUAUUUCAUGAUGGUUUCUACACUUGAACUGAGCUCAAUGUGUUUGUCCGUGUGUUUCUCUGUGUCCGUGUGUGUCUCUGUGUCUGUGUGUGUCUGUGUGUGUGUCUUUGUGUCCGUGUGUGUGUGUGUCUUUGUGUCCGUGUGUGUGUCUUUGUGUCCGUGUGUGUCUUUGUGUCCGUGUGUGUCUCUGUGUGUCUUUGUGUCCGUGUGUGUCUCUGUGUGUGUGUAUUUUCUUUCUGAGCCGUGAUGUAAAUCAAUUAUCCCUGAAGUAUAUGUGAAAACAUAUAUCAUGAGGAUUUCUACACUUGAACUGAGCUCUUUCCACAGUAUUAUUUAGAGUGCAUUUGAAAAGUAUUCAGACCCCUUAACUGUUUUUGUUACGUUACAGCCUUAUUCUAAAAUUGAUUAGUCAUUUUUUCCCCCUCAAUCUACACACAGUACCCCAUAAUGAGAAAGCAAAAACAGGUUUUUAGAAAUGUUUGCAAAUGUAUUACAAAAUAAAAACUGAAAUCACGUUUAGAUAAGUAUUCAGACCCUUUACUCAGUACUUUGUUGAAGCACCUUUGGCAGCGAUUACAGCCUUGAGUCUUCUUGGGUAUGACUCUACAAGUUUGGCACACCUGUAUUUGAAGAGUUUCUCCCAUUCUUCUCUGCAGAUCCUCUCAAGCGCUGUCAGGUUGGAUGGGGAGCGUCGCUGCACAGCUAUUUUCAGGUCUCCAGAGAUGUUCGAUCGGGUUCAAGUACGGGCCACUCAAGGACAUUCAGAGACUUGUCCCGAAGCCACUCCUGCGUUGUCUUGGCUGUGUGCUUAGGUUCGUUGUCCUGUCUGAGGUCCUGAGGGCUCUGGAGCAGGUUUUCAUCAAGGAUCUCUCUGUACUUUGCUCCGUUCAUCUUUCCGUCGAUCCUGACUAGUCUCCCAGUCCCUGCCGCUGAAAAACAUCCCCACAGCAUGAUGCUGCCACCACCAUGUUUCACCGUAGGGAUGGUGCCAGGUUUCCUCCAGAUGUGACGCUUGGCAUUCAGGCCAAAGAGUUCAAUCUUGGUUUCAUCAGACCAGAGCAUCUUGUAAAAAAAUGUUUUAAAAAAUGGUCAGAGUCUUUAGGUGUCUUUUGGCAAACUCCAAGCGGGCUGUCAUGUGCCUUUUACUGAUUGGUGGAGUGCUCCAGAGAUGGUUGUCCUUCUGCAAGGUUCUCCAAUGUCCACAAAGGAGCUCUGUCAGUGACCAUCGGGUUCUUGGUCACCUCCCUGACCAAGGCCCUUCUCCCCCGAUUGCUCAGUUUGGCCGGGCGGCCAGCUCUAGGAAGAGUCUUGGUGGUUCCAAACUUCGUCCAUUUAAGAAUGGAAUCAUUUUCUGGUACCCUUCCCCAGAUCUGUGCCUCGACACAAUCCUGUCUCGGAGCUCAUGGCUUGGUUUUUGCUCUGACAUGCACUGUCAGCUGUGGGACCUUAUAUAGAAAGGUGUGUGCCUUUCCAAAUCAUGUCCAAUCAAUUGAAUUUACCACAGGUGGACUCCAAUCAAGUUGUAGAAACAUCUCAAGUAUGAUCAAUGGGAACAGGAUGCACCUGAGCUCAAUUUCUAGUCUCAUAGCAAAGGUUAUGAAUACUCAAGUAAAUAAGAUAUUUAUAUUAUUUAUUUUAUAUAAAUUUGCAAACAUUUAUAAAAACCUGUUUUCGCUUUGUCAUUAUGGAGUAUUGUGUGUAGAUUGAUGAGGGAAAACAUUUUAUUUAAUCCAUUUUAGAAAUAGGCUGUAACAAAAUGUGGAAAAAGUCAAGGGGUCUGAAUACUUUCCGAAUGCACUGUAUAUACAGUCGCUACGCUAUCAAACCCUUCCUGUCUAACCCAGGUGUCUUCCCCUGUGUUGUGUCCCUGUCAUCUGUUUUGUCCAGUUGGAGAGCCUGUCCUUCCAGUCAAUCUAUAGACCCUCAGAACCUGACUACCUGUCCUCCACCACCAUCUCCUCUGGCAGCUACGCCACCACUGACCCUGAACACAACUCCACAAUUGACUAUCUUUCCAGUUCAGUCAUGUCAGAAAUUAUACUUGAUAAAUGGUAGUUACAUUUAAAAUGAUGGAGAUAUCUAAUCCUCUUUACUAUUUUUUUCCCCCCUAUAAGACUCAUCCCUGCUCCUGGCUGGGUUUGGAAUAGGAGGAGGCGGAGGAAGAGGGAAAUAAUCUUCGAUCAAUGGCUCCUUUUCGUCCAGACACAGUUCCUGUAGGGACGUAUCUGGUCCACGGUCUCCCAUCUCAGAAUCACUCCUACACAGCAGCAGUAUCCAGCGCAUCAUAGACAAAUACACCAGGGAGCUCAACCUCUCUCUCAGUACUGCUGGGAACCAGACGGGUACACACACACACAAUUUGAAUCUUUCUUUUUGAUUACAGUAUCCUACAGUAGUGACUUUCCAAACAGCAGCCUCUUACAAUUCCCCUUCUUCCUCCUCCCAUCCAGGUCCCUCUGCAGUGAUCUAGGGGUCAGUGUGUGAGGAGCCCAGCUCCUCUGUGUCCCAGCAGAAGCAGCAGCAGAAGCCCUGGUCUAAGCUACUGCAGGAGAAUGAGGGACCGGACAGGUCACCUGUUUGGGGGGCCGACCCCCACACACUCCCCUUGGACACAGAGUCCGGAGCUCAGAGGCACAACCAGGUGGGUUCAUCCACACCCUCACACUCCAUUCAAUGGCAUUAUGGGUUCAGAGUAAAUACUCUGAUUUUAUUUUUAGUAUCAACAUUGACUAAUACAAGGUAUCAAAAAAAAAAAAAGUAUUGUUCAGGAAUGGGACAACGCUGUCAAUCGGAUCAUGGAUCGCCUCAUUGGCUCUGGACCAGGGGCAGGACUCCACUAUCAGCCCAAUGAUUGGCCAAUCCUCGGAUAAGUCAUCCUCACCAGGCCAAGGGUGGGACUCUACUUUGAGCCGAAUGAUUGGCCAGCUCUCAGGUCAAUCAACCUCACUGGACCAAGGGUGGAAUUCGACUUUGAGCAGAAUGAUUGGCGGGCUCUCCAAUCAGUCAACCUCUGUGAGCCAGCUGAUUGGUCAGAUGCGGCUGGACCAGUCAUCCCACUGGCUGGAUGAAGGCCAGGAUGAGAGCCGGAUGAUGGGGCCUCUGGUUGGAGAGCUGGAUGAGUCCUCUGCCCAAUGGAGUGGGAGCUCAGGUAACAGAGUCAAUGAAUAUGGAUGGAAUUUUACUGUGUGUUUGUUAUUGCAUGUCUUAUUUCAGUGUGCAAGAGCAUAUUUCUUGCUAAUGCUCUACUGAACCCCCUACCCCCCUACAUUAGGAGCUGAUGGGUCUAACCUCAGCCACACUACCAGAGCCUGCAGUACUCUGGCACCAGCUCCCAGGAAGCAGACAGGACUGGGGGUGAGUCUAUUAGGGAUGUUUUCUAACGAUGAAUCAGGAUUUCCUGAUAUUCUUUUUGACUAUAUCCUCCAUUUCCUGCAGCAUUCACCCUGACCCACCUGCUAACUACAAUUCCCCUUUCCCUCAUUUGUUGUGACGGUAUGGAUGAGGUACUAGCUUCUGACUGUUAAUAAUCUUUUCACUCUGUUCUGUCUCUCAGUGGAUCCUGCCUCUGACUCCUUCCACCCCCCCCCUGGCUGAGGUCACGCACAACGAGACAGCCGAACACACUAUGACCUUUCACCUUCCAGAAGAGGAAGAAAGUGACCAUGAAGCACCUGCAGGGGACCUUGAGCUCUCUGCAUGCUCAGAGGGGUUUGAGGAUGACACAGACCCCUCCGUCGCCCCUGAGCGCCGGAGGGGAGGAGCCACCUCAGACCUCGCCCGCCCUCCAGGACUCCUUGUACCAGUUGACCACGUCCCAGAGCCUCCCCCAUAA